AUGAUAUUCUCAAUAAACAAGGGCGAAUACACAAUAUGGCUUCCAAUCUACACACUAAACGACAAUACCUAUGACAGUGUUUUCUAUCGUGGUCUUCUGAUUAUCGAGUUGUUUCUUUCAAUUGUCACGUUUCUGGUAAUUGCAACGACUGCUUAUAUAAUCAUCACAACAAGAGCAUUCCACACGAAUAUGAAUUCUCUAUUUGCAUAUUUUGUAUUGAGUUGGAUAUCAUCUGCAAUCGGAAGAUCCAUGUUGACUCCUUAUCUGAUUGGCUCUUGGAAAGCUGGAAAUAUUUCAAAUGAUUAUAGAUCUUGGUGGACAGAUGACGUUGAGGAAAUGACACCAAUUAACUCUAUCCGAGAAGCAUGGCCUCUGUUUGUUGGAGGAUUUUUCACUUGGUACUAUAUGUUUGUGAUGACAACUUGUCUAUUUGCAAUGUCAAUUGAAAGAGUAUUCGCAUGUUAUUUCAUUGGAAACUACGAGAACACUUCGAGACUUUAUCUUUUAUUUUUUCUAUUUCUAUUCCAUCAGUUCAUCAUUCUCACCGUACUGUAUCUAGUAUUCUUUAAUCGUAUCAAUUUUGUAACAACCGUAACUUUCUUCCUGAUUCUCAAUGUGGUUGCAAUGUUUUUAUUCUAUGGAAAUCGGCAGUAUAACUUGAAAAUUAUAAGAAAAUUCAAGAGAGAACCACUGGAAAGUGGGAAGCAUCACACAUUGCCAGUGAGAUUUCAAGCAAAGGAAAAUGUCAGAGUUUUCAAUGUGAGUGGAUGGUGA